AUGACAGAAACAAACACUCAAGAUUCUUCACAAAUGGCUGACAAAGCAUCACUAUCAGACUCCCAGGUGGUCAUAUGGAAAAAGGUAACCGGGUUGAAAUUCAAAAAAAAAGCAUACAAAAGGAUCACAAGCCAGCAAAAGCACAAAACAGCAUCAAGAAACACACAAGGCACACCACCAACAACAGCAAAAGCCAAACUAUCCACACCCAAAUCCGCAAACACACUGAAACCAAAGAAAACAACGAAGACAAAAAAAACACAAUCCCAAACACAAAAACCUCAACCAAACAGACGCAAUAACCCAGAUUAUGUGCAGAUCAAGAGCAACAUGCUCACAUUUGACAACACAUUGCAAACGGUAAAAGACAAGCUUGCAGCAAGAAAGGAUGUCCUCAAGAUCCUACAAAAAACGCCAUUCUGGAGCAUCAUCAAGGCUUACAUGGAAGGUCAGUUAACCAAGGUAGAAUGCCAGAAGUCUAAUUAUCAAAUAAUUAAACUAAUCAGACUCUACAACCCCGCAACCAAAAAAUUCAAAUUCAGUGAAGGCAACGAGCAUGAAAUUACAAGCAAUGAUGUGUCUGACAUCUUUGGAUUGCCAAACAAAGGAAACAAGUUGCCAAGCACAACAACUUCCACAAGAACAAAUUUGGCCUUCGAAAAGAAGUACUUCGAGAAGUCAAAAAAAAUCACAAAAACUGAGAUUGAUAGGUGUCUGAACACAGCAAUAGCAGAUGACAGAAAGAAGAAUGCAAUGGAUGUUGUCAGGUUGUUAAUUCUAGAGCUCUUCAUCACAAAUCUCUUUUGCAACUCUGGGGCGACAAUGGCUUGGACCUUUUUGACUAUGAUCGACACAUUAGAAGCUAUGAACAGCUACAACUGGGCACAAGGAGUCUUAGAUUACAUGCAUUAUGGACUGGACCAAGCCAUAAAAAAUAAAAAGGACAAGACAAAUCAACCAAGCGUCAGUGGUUGCCUUGUGCUAAUCCUGAUAAAAGCUGCUGACAAUGAAAAAGAAGAAGCAACAAAGACUGAUCAUGCAGACCAUGAAGAACAAGAAGAAAAUGAAGAGGAUGAUGACUUUGUUAUCACACUUAAAGAUUGGUUAAAGAGUCAAACACAAAAAGGAAAAAGCCAGACUGUUAUUACCCAGAAACAGAACUUCAGCUUCCAUGAAAAUGUGGACCAAAGUGCAACCCAGACAAAAACUCCACAACAGGAGCAAAAUGAAGACAAUGCACAAUCAUUGGGAUGCAAAGCAGAUGAUGAAAUUGAAGAACCACCAGCACAAUCAUUGGAAUGCGAAGCAGAUGAUGAAAUUGAAGAACAAGCAGUUGACCUUAGUGCAGACUCAGUGACGGAGGAGGACACUGUUAAUGUCCCGCAACAGAACCCAGAACUUGACAGCCAAGAAGAAGACUUCGACUCCAUUUUUGUGGACAUAGUGGGGUCAAUCCCAGAGUACUACAAGCAUGAAAUAGCCCCUACCCAUGAGAAAAUCCAACAGCUGAAAGAAGCAGUCAACUAUUGGAUUGAAAAGGCAGAUACUCGAAGGGAUAUGAUGCAGACUGUUAUAGAAUCCUGCAUAAAGAAAAAUUCAUUCAUUCAACAAAUAUGGACUGAAAAAGAAGAGUUGGAGCAACAAAUUGAAAUACUGAAAAAGCAGCUUGAGCAAGAGAAAAAAGAAGGUGCAAAAUUACAAGGGGAACUGCAUGCACUCAAAUCAAAUAGGAGACAGCUACAGGAACAACAUGAACUACUUGAAGGGGAAAAGUUGUCCUGCAUUGAGAGCAUGAAAGAAAAAGACACUGUUAUUGCCUCUUUGCAACAAGUGAUGGGAAAAAAAAUCAAACAAGGUGAACAAGGAGAAAUUCCGAUGAAAGAACAAGCUGAUAAGGAGAAAAAAGAUGAGAGAAUAGCAGAAGAAAGUGAAUUGGAGAUGCAAGAAUCUCCUAAUGAUGAAGAUGAGAACGCCGAUGGAAAAACUCCUGAAAAGUUAGUUAUCAUGCAAGCAAAAGAAGUAGGAACACGGCAGUUGCGUUCUGGCAUCAAAAUAAUCAAAGACAGAAAAGACAGAAAGCCUGCAAAGAAACCAGAUUACACAUACCCCAAAGCACAUAAGAAAGGCCGAAAAAGAGCAAGCCAAAGCGAAGAUGAAGCAGCCAACAAAAAAAAGGAGGACAAAGAUACAUACCUUCAGUUGCACAUGUAUGAGGUCUACAACAGGCUGGAUGAAAUAUCAAAGAAGAAGUUGGAAAAUUACUGGAAAUCUGCAUCUGAUUCUGAUGAGGACGCUUUUUACCUACAAAAUAGGACAAUAUUGUACAAACAUAACAUUGAAAAGCUGAUGGGAGAUGGUCCAAUUUCUGCACUAAUCAUCGAUGCUUAUGGAGAGGCACUUAAUGAUGAUGCGAAGCAGAACCCUCAGAAACAGAAAAAUGCAUAUUUGUCCGCCAAUAACUAUAUGUUUUUGCGAGGUGCCUCACACAAGCUGACAUAUCAUGCUUUCUAUAUGCCACUCCUAGAAAAUAUUGGAAGAGUUGAUAGAGUGUUCAUACCAAUUACAGAUGAGAACCACCAUACGCUGCUUGUCUUUGACACCGGUGCAGCAAAAUGGACACACUUCAACUCAUUCAGGGGGACAUCAGAACAAACUCUCCAAUAUUAUCACAAGAAGGCAAUUGUUUUGGUUGAGACAGCAAAUAUAUUCCUCUGUCUUCUUAAGGAAUGUGCUGCAGUAUCACUGAAAACAAAACUCGUCCAAAUUCCUGAUUUUGAUGCCAAGAAGCCGAGAGGGCUUAAUGAAGCUUCAGCUAGAAUGAUAACAAAAAUACUUGCCAGCAACGAACUUACACCAGAAUAUGCUCAGACAAUGAAGUAUCUGAUUUGUCAUGAUACUACUAACUUCAAGCUGACUGAGAACAGAGAAUGUCCCCAACAAGCAAACAAUUCCAAUGAUUGUGGCGUCUUUGUCAUGCACUUCAUGAAGCAGCUUUCCAAAGACCAACAAAUAGAAUCAGAUUUCAACAAAGAAAAGGUCUGGCAAAUGAGAAAAGAAGUCCUCAUGAAAAUUAUGAGCAAUGAAAGAAGUUGGAUUUCCAUCAAAGAAAGAGAAGAGAGAAAUGCAAAAUAA